AUGCGAAGGCUCGCCUCCCGCAGCUCGCCCCUCCAGCGCAAAUCCAUCGGCGCCUUGCAGGACGCGGAGCAGGAGAUCCUCUUUGGCGGGAGCUACUCGCGCAAGGGCAGCGUCGACGAGCGCGAGCGCCCCAAAAAAUGGAGCAAGCCACCAUCGCCCAUGGCCAGCGCCAGCGCCAUCGCAGAGAGCUCAUCCAGCUCUGGCCUCCAGGCGUGGCUGGAGGAGCUCAAGAGCAGCGACGCCUCGAUCGCCCAAAUGGCCGCCGUGUUGCGCAGGUGUGUAGCUGAGAGGGAUCUGGGCAGCGGGAUCGGGGCGCACCGAUUGAUCCAGCAGCUGGGACUGGGCAGCAACGUCUUCCUCGCCAAUCUCCUCAUCCACAUGUAUGGCAAGCUGGGCGCGCUGGAAUCCGGCCGCGCCCUCUUCGACGCCAUGCCCGAGCGCAACAAGUUCACCUGGAGCAUCGUGCUGGCAGCGCACGCCCAGAACGGGCGCAACCGCGCGGCGCUGGAUCUCUACGAGCAGAUGUCCGCCACCGGCGUGGAGAUCGACGACGUGCUCGUGGCCACCGUGAUCGGCAUUUGUGCCAACCUCGGGGAUCUUGCCGCCGGGCGGAAGAUCCACGCGAGGGUGGCGACUUCCACAAAUGCCCAGAACGGGCAUUUGUACGCUCGCCGGGCCUUGGAUCUCUUCCGCGAGAUGGAGCGGCGGGGCAUCCGCCCGGACGCCUUCACGUACUCGUCAGUGGCGGCGGCGUGCGCGGCCAUCGGUCCAGCGGCGAUCGACGCCGGGCGCGCGCUCCACCUCCAGAUCCUCAAGAGCGGCUUCCACAGCGACGUAGCGCUGGACAACACGCUGCUCAACAUGUACGCUCGCUGUGGAUCCAUUGUCGAGGCCCGGAAGCUCUUCGAUGGGAUGCGUCGCAGGAGCGUCAUCAGCUGGAGCACCAUGGUGGCGGCGUACGCGCACGGCGGCCACCAUCUCCAAGCUCUCGAUCUCUACAAGGCGAUGGAGUCAUCCUCCCCGGCGGUGAAGCCCAACUGCAUCACGCACGCCAACGCGCUCUCGGCGUGUGCCGCGCUGGGGGAUCUGGCGGAAGGGCGGCGGAUCCACGCCAGGGUGGUGGCGGAGGAGUGGAGCGGCGCCGCCGUGGUGUGCUCGGCGCUCAUCCACAUGUACGCGAAGUGUAGCUGCCUGGACGACGCGAGGAGAGUUUUCGACGAGCUCCGGCACAGGGACUUGGUGUGCUGGAACUCGAUGGUGGCGGCGUAUGCGCAGCUCGGGCAUCUGGGCAGUGCCGUGGCGGUGUACCGCGAGAUGGUGCUGGACGGGACGGACCCCAGCAGCAUCACGCUCAUCGGGCUCGUCAUCGGUGCCAGCCACGCCGGGCGAGUGGAGGAUGGUCGCGGCUACUUCGUGGAGUUUGUGGAUCACCACCGCGAGGUGGAGCUGCUGUGGGAGCACUAUAUGUGCCUGGUGGACCUGCUGGGACGCUGCGGCUGGCUCCAGGACGCCGAGGAGCUCGUGGAGACGAUGCCGUUCGAGCCGUGCGUCACGGGCUGGAUGACGCUGCUGAGCGGGUGCCGGAUACAUGGCGACGUAGAGCGGGCGGAGCACGCCGCGGAGAUGGUGGGCGAGCUCGAGCCGGGCGGUGAAGGUGCGCAGUCCAUCCUCAUGCUUGGAGCUCUCGCGGAGAAGGAGUGGGACGUGAUGAGCUUGAUCAAGCGCCACCUCGGGUGA